ACUCGCAACAAUUACUCUUUGAUCACUUCACGGUGUGACGAAGCUUUGCGAUCAACCAGUUCCAUAAAUAUUAUACUCCUGCUACACCAACAGUCUAUCGUCUGGCUCUUGUUCUGUUGGUCUAGAUAAAGUCAGGUUACUUCGCUCAGUACGACGGUUGCCCUUUUCGUUCUUGCCUCAAGGUUCUUGAACCUGGCAGCUCAGUACGGAGACAAAAGACAAACCGUAUCAACUUCCUCUGUGUGAGCAGCGGAUAGCAUAACUACCUAGGUAUGCACGAUCUUCGCAAGCAGGCCAUCCUGGAAUCUGGCAAAACCACCUCACGAAAGAAGCAGCGGAAUAUCCAGGCAGGCAGUGGCACUACAACGCCCGCGCUGUCCCGAGUAGCAUCCGCGGUCACAAGUCGGAACGUCUCCGACGAUGAAGGAGACUACAGUAGUAAUAGCCUCAAUGACGUGGGCAAAUUGGUAGCGAGCGUUCCCGCCGAUGUGUGGACGGCGGAUCUCAAUGAGCGCAUCGAAGCCAUUUGCGAUCGAAAGCACAGUUCAGUGGAGGGUCGGGAAGAGGUCCUGAACGCCCUUUCAAACCUGAUCACCCACCAUUACGCACAGGAAGAACUUCAAUCUCGAGUGAAUCAGCUUCUGCCAUCAUUAUCAAAGAGCAUCAAAUCUGGCGAGACCUCACGAGAGAUCGAGCUCGCGCUCAGAACGAUAUGCCUGAUCAUGGUGACGGAACCUACAGAUGAGGUUUAUACAACAGUGUUUGACGUGGUGAAGAGUGCUAUCGAGGACGGCCAAUUUGCUGACGCAAAGGUUGCUGCAAUUCGAACUCUAAGCAUUUUAAAAUAUUACAGUAAUUGCUCAAUCGACGAGACCGGGGAGACCAUGGACUUCUUCUUGGAUAUCAUCUCAAGUGACGGAAUGACGAUCGGCGAAGAAGACAACGCCGAAGUCGUCGUGGCAGCGGCGGAGGAGUGGGGCUUUCUGGCAACACAAUUCGACGAACUACCAUCAUCGGCAGACACCGCGAUCGAAAUUUUCACCGAUCAGCUCGAAAGCGCCUCAAGCGAAGUCGUCUGCGCUGCUGCCGAGAACAUCGCAUUGCUGGUUGAGUUGAGCUAUGCCGUCACAGAUUCAGAUGACGAAGAGGACGACCAAGCUGAGGACAGCAAGCCAAGAAGUCACGGGCUAGACCAUCAAGCCCAUCGCGCUGCAAGCGUCCUCCACGGCUUGACUAAACAGUCCGCCAAGAGCGUCUCAAAAAGAGAGCGGAAGUCACUGCAAGGCACAAUCGCAGAUGUCCUCCGCUCCGUUGAGGAUCCACGGCGCGGACCCGCCUACUCCACGGCGCUAGACGAUCAAGGCAAUGAAAUGGGUUCUCGUAUGAGGGUUGCCAUCAAUAACAGCGGUGGGAAGGUCACAGUGGACAAGUGGUGGAAGCUCCAUCGCAUGAAUACUCUCAAGAGAUUAUUACAGGCGGGCUUCAUGUCGCACUACAAGUUCAAUCCGAAUGUGUGCGACACUUUGCCGGCCGCGACGACUGCAUACACACAUACAGACUCCAGCCGUCAGCAGUAUGCAACGAAGCAUAUGCGCCAUAUUGCUGACCUUCUUGGCGGCCCGGAUGAGUAGAGGUUAUUGCUGAAUAAUGAAGUAGCACAAAAACAACGAAGGGCUCAGAUGAGCGCGAUGAUCAAUAAUACCCAUACCAUGAGACUGACGAAUCCGAAUAUAGAGUUUUGCGACUCAAAAUAUGAAUUUAUUCUUGAAUCCCGAGAAAA